AUGUUUUUGUCUCGUAUCAAGGACCUUGUUGUGUCUGCCCUGAUAGCCGGUACCAUUAUGGAGAGCAUUGCAAACAAAACGCAUAAUAGCAGGAAGAAAGCGAUACGAAAGGAAAACGCAAGCUUCUACCGAUCUCUGACAGUCGGGACAAUGGAUGCGUGUUAUUGGGACCACAAGAAGACGACGGUGAAGCUUAUCGAUAAACGAAUCAAACACAACUCUUGGGGUGUCGAUUUUCUAGCCCUGGCCUUCGAAAGUAAAAACUCCAGUAUAUUCAACAGUGAAGGCAUGGUGUUCUACACCUUAUCAAAAUGGUAUGGCGACAUCCCCAAAUCUACAUCUAUGCUGACGCUGCUCUUGUGUACCCUGUGUCCAGCCUUCAUCUGGUUGUUUCUGAAGGAGAAAUCAGGAUCAAAUAGAAAAUCUGACAGCCAUAAAGGUCCACACGUAGCGCACGAGAAGAAUACCUGCAUGUACCUCGUCUACUGUAUUUUCCUUGGCCUGUAUGCCCAUUUCAUGUUGAUUGUCCUCACGUUUGAAUUCAAAUGGAACUGGGAGGUCCCGCUGCUCGUGUGGAUUCUAGCUUUUUUUGUAGAGGAAGCAAUACAGAUAGCACAGUUCAACAACGAACAAAAGAACAAAUCAAGAAAAACCCAAAGGGGAAAAUCAUCUUGCCGCUCGUUUCACAAUCUGAAAAAGAAUGUCCGACUGUACUUACAAGACGAAUGGAACGUUCUGGAUAUUUGUUGUAUCCUUGGUUUCAUCAUUGGCUACACUCUGCGUUGGAUUUCUGCCACCUAUGACUAUGGACGGUUAUUCCUCAGCAUUAACUGCAUGUGUUUCAUCUGGCGAUUCCUUCAAGCUUUCACUUUGAGCAAGACGAUCGGUCCAAUGUUAUACAUGAUGUUCAAAAUGGUGAAAGACCUCCUGCCGUUCCUGGUGAUCCUGUGUGUGGCGCUGUUUUCAUAUGCAGUUAGCGCGGAAGCCAUUCUUUAUCCGAAUUCAGUUUGGUCAAUCGACUUUGUCCUUCAUAUCCCCGUUACAGCAUUCUGGUUGAUAUUUGGACAACUGGACUUUUUGGAAGAACUUGAAAGUAUGAUAACAAAAUUGUGUAACUAA